GCACCACCCGUCCCCAAACUUGACCCAUUCAGCUUACUAGACGUAGGGGGCGAUAAGAACAACGCACGUGUCGGUGUGCAUGCAGUAGUUGGACCGGCGGCUUCCCUCUUUCCUCAUCGUCUCGCACUAUGAGUGCCUAUAUAUACAGAUAGAGCGAUAGAGGAAUUUCAGCACCAGUACCAAUACCAAAAUGGAGAGGAAAUCGCUUGGGCUUUUCGUCUUGCUUCUUAUUGCCUUUGCCACUCAAGAUCAGAUGGUGGUGCCGGCGGAGGGGAAAACGUGCGAGGCACCUAGCGGCAAAUUCCAUGGGGUAUGCUUCCUUGAAAAGAACUGCUGGGAUGUGUGCACGAAGAAGGAGCAUCUUCUGGCCGGCUUUUGCAAAGGAAAUAUGUGUUACUGCAGGAGGAAUUGCUAAUUAAUUAUUAAGAAAAUGGAUCCCACUCCCACUGUCCUAUGCCAUAUAUGUGCAUGUAAUAACAGGCUGUCAUAUUUGUCGGUUGCUUAUACUCAUAGUCAGCCGCAUGUGAUUGUUAAAUAAAACGAGAUGGGAUCUUUGUACUGUUUAA